AAAGUGUUUAAUUAGAUGUAAUCAUUGCAUGGAGAUUUUUACUAUAUAAAGUGUUCAGACAAUUAUACAUUUGUUAUACGCAAAGGUGAAAAAAAUGGCUGAAAUUAUUAAGUUUGUUUAUAUUAUGAUACUAUGUGUGUCCUUAUUGCUUAUUGAAGUAGCUGGUGGAAAAGAAUGUGUUACUGACGCCGAUUGUGAUAAACUAUAUCCGGAUAUUAGAAAGCCUCUAAUGUGCAGCAUUGGUGAAUGUUAUAGUUUAUACAAAGGUAAAUUUUCUUUAUCUAUUAUAUCUAAAACUUCUUUUUCUUUGAUGGUUUAUAAUGUUGUUACUCUCGUAAUUUGUUUAAGACUUGCAUAUAUUUCUCUGUUACUAAAGUUUCUUUGAUAUUAUUAGAAGAAAUAUAUAUUUUUUUAAUGGGAUGGAAGUAAGUAAAAUACUAAAAUUCAACCACUUAUCCGUUACUAAAUUAUAUUAUGAUCAAUCAUAUUAUCAACCAUACAAUUAAAAUGUAUCUCUCUUUAAGAGAAACUAUGAAGAUUUAUAAACUUAACUUUAGAUAUCGAUAGUUAUUUCAUCCCUAGUGGGACAUAGGUCACCCUCUGAAUAUUAAUUGAAAAUAUUUUACUUUAUUCGUUCCAAAUAUGUAUUGCACCGUUCCAGCACCUGAGAAUGAUGCAUGGACAAAUUAAUAGAUUUUAUAAUAACAACCAAUACUCAAAUACUUCAAAACAAAAAAUGUUAGGAAGUAAUAUAGAUUCUACCUGAACAUAUAAAUUACCCAAACAAGUGAACAAUCCCAUUGGACAAGUCUAAAUAAUUUGUAAGUCAAAAGAAAUACAAAACAAAGUUAUAUCAAAUUAUGAUAAAAAUAAAAAAUAAAAAAAAAAUUCAUAACAAAGACACAAGUAUGAAAUAUUGUCUCUUUAUAUACCAUAGUUUCCACAAACCGUUAGUAUACAUAUAUAGUUCUUUAAUAACAUUGUUUUCAUUAACACAAGAUGUGUGUGUAUAUAUACAUAUAAAAGAAGGAGUCCAAAAACAAUAGCUGAAUGAAUUAUGGAAAACUCAAGGGUAUAAAUCAAUAACGAAACAAGCGAUAAUUAUGGUUGAAGAAAAUUACCAAAAAACUCAAUCAAUAGGUUAGAAAAUCCCUAGAACAUCUGCCGUGUCAUAACUUUUCUUCAGUGACGAAUGAAAUCAUAAAAUGACAUAGCAAAAAAAAAAAGAAUAUGUACUUCAUAUUUUAAUGGGGAUAUAAUAUAAGUUGUUAGUUUAAGAAUUAAAUUCGUGUUUUAACUAAUUACAAGGCUGAUCUUCAAGAUGUUUGUUUUGUGUCUAUUUUUGUGAUGAAUAUUACCAAGACGGGUCACCUGUCACAAGAAAGGCAAGGGGUGGUGUUAUGAUGAUAAUUUUUUUCAUGGGUUACCUAGCUUGUGAGAGGUGUAGAUGAUAUUAAUAAUUUUUAUAUGAUAACAUUUUUGAAUUUUAUGUUGUGAAACAUGCAUCAUA